ACAGAGAGUGCCAACCAGCACAGAGCCGUGUGUGCGCGUGUGUCUAUAAAAUAGUACCGCUGAAAAGUGAAAGUUACAUAUAUAGUGCCUUUUGAGUUGUUCCAAGCUUGUCUCCAGCUUCCUCAUUCCCUACCCAAACCUGGGAAAGUCUUUUAUAUAUAUAGAGAGAUCAGUGCCAGUGGUGCAGCACUUCAACACAUCCAACAGCAUCUACAUCCAUCAUCGCUGCUUCAACACAUUCAGCAUCAUGAUGCUCUGCCUGAAGCUUACACUACUCACCUUGCUUAUUGCAGCACCUGGGCUGCUUGUUUCUGGAGAGAAUGUGAUUACCUGUGAUGGUGAUAUCCAUCGCCUCACUUGUGAUCGUGGACUUAUAUGGGUGGAGAAUAGUUUGUAUGGCCGUACGGAUAGUUCCAUCUGCAGUACUGCACAUCCCCCUCUUCAGGUUACUGAUACCAGCUGUUCCACGAGUAUUUCCACUAUUGCUGAGAGAUGCAAUGGACUAAGUGCAUGUGAGGUAAACACGGCUGCACUUCAGACAUCUGACCCAUGUAAAGGAACCUACAAAUACUACGACACCAGUUACAGCUGCUACGAUGCCGAAACAACUGUGAUCUGUGAGCACAGCUAUUCCACACUGGAAUGUGCUCAAGGUGGAUAUCUUCAGAUCAUAAAUGCGAACUUCGGGCGUUCUGACUCUACAACCUGUUCAAGUGGACUCCCCAGUGGUUUGACCAAGAAGACCAACUGUUAUGCUUCGAACACAUUGUCAACUCUGGCGACACUGUGUAAUAACCAGCAGUCUUGCACUGUAGAAGCUUCAUCCACCAUCUUUUCAGAUCCUUGUCCCAACACUGCUAAAUACCUCAGUGUGUCCUACAUAUGCUAUGGCACUUUUGCAGGAGUGCCGGUAGACAAGGGCGAGAACUAUGCCACACUACAACAACAGGAGGAGGCGUACCAAGCUGAGCCACUUCAGCAAACGGAGUCAGCGGAGAACAAAAGUCAGCCUCCCUACUCGUCUGAGGACGCCGCUCAGCUUUUCGGGUCAGCUGAGGACACCGCUCAGUCACCCGGGUUGGCUGAAGACGUUGCUCUGUGUCCUGACAUACCCAAGUGCUCCCCUCUAUUUGCCAACUGUGCGUACAACGCUGCUGUGCUUGCUGUAUAUAUAGAGAGAUCAGUGCCAGUGGUGCAGCACUUCAACACAUCCAACAGCAUCUACAUCCAUCAUCGCUGCUUCAACACAUUCAGCAUCAUGAUGCUCUGCCUGAAGCUUACACUACUCACCUUGCUUAUUGCAGCACCUGGGCUGCUUGUUUCUGGAGAGAAUGUGAUUACCUGUGAUGGUGAUAUCCAUCGCCUCACUUGUGAUCGUGGACUUAUAUGGGUGGAGAAUAGUUUGUAUGGCCGUACGGAUAGUUCCAUCUGCAGUACUGCACAUCCCCCUCUUCAGGUUACUGAUACCAGCUGUUCCACGAGUAUUUCCACUAUUGCUGAGAGAUGCAAUGGACUAAGUGCAUGUGAGGUAAACACGGCUGCACUUCAGACAUCUGACCCAUGUAAAGGAACCUACAAAUACUACGACACCAGUUACAGCUGCUACGGUGCCGAAACAACUGUGAUCUGUGAGCACAGCUAUUCCACACUGGAAUGUGCUCAAGGUGGAUAUCUUCAGAUCAUAAAUGCGAACUUCGGGCGUUCUGACUCUACGACCUGUUCAAGUGGACUCCCCAGUGGUUUGACCAAGAAGACCAACUGUUAUGCUUCGAACACAUUGUCAACUCUGGCGACACUGUGUAAUAACCAGCAGUCUUGCACUGUAGAAGCUUCAUCCACCAUCUUUUCAGAUCCUUGUCCCAACACUGCUAAAUACCUCAGUGUGUCCUACAUAUGCUAUGAUUAACUAGAGGGACUGCAGCUUUCUCCCCAGUGGCCUCUCUUCUGUCUGAAAGGAAUCAGCUUUAAAUAUGCAACCAUGCACAUGAUAAAGUGCAGGUGUCUGGGUGGUGGUAUACUUAACCUAUGCAUGUUAUAUAAUCAACUGCUCUAAUGAUUUUACUUUCUGAAACUUGUAAUCAGUUCCUCCUAAACCUAUUCACUUUACUAAUGAUUUUACAAUAAACUAUCCUCUGAGUGCAAGCAUAA